UUUAUUAAAAAUUUUAUUGUGAAUAGAUAUUUUAAUGUUUGGUCAAGUUCACCCCAUACUUUACUAUUUUGACAGUUGCCAUUUAUGUGUUUUGCCGUUGAUGAAAACGCUAGAGUUUUUCAAGUGAGUUUCAAUGUUAAUUUAGAAUGCCUCCGACUAUUAAUAAUACGACUGCAGUAGCAGCAUCUGCUGAAAAGCGCCCCCCGCGCCAAACAGAAAGAAAGUCAGAAUUAAUUUGUCGCGUCAAAUAUGGGAACAAUUUACCGGACAUACCGUUCGAUUUAAAGUUUCUGCAAUAUCCAUUUGAUGCUAACCGCUUUGUGCUGUACAACCCAACGUCUUUAGAACGGAAUUAUAAAUACGAAGUAUUAACCGAGCAUGACCUGGGUGUUACCAUUGAUUUAAUCAAUCGCGAUUUAUAUCAAGCUGAUCCCUAUGCGCAACUAGAUCCAGCUGAUGAGAAAUUGUUGGAAGAAGACGUACAUACACCGCAUGAUUCGAUACGUUCGCGUCAGCACUCGCGUAGUGUUUCGUGGUUACGUAAAUCAGAAUACAUAUCUACCGAACAAACGCGGUUUCAACCACAAAACCUCGAAAAUAUUGAAGCUAAAGUUGGCUACAAUGUUAAGAAAUCAUUGCGUGAAGAAACAUUGUACUUGGAUCGUGAAGCUCAAAUCAAAGCUAUCGAAAAGACCUUUACAGAUUCAAAACAACCUAUUACCAAACAUUAUUCGAAACCUAAUGUUGUGCCUUUGGAAAUAUUACCAGUAUAUCCUGAUUUCGUUAAUUGGAAGUAUCCUUGCGCACAAGUUAUAUUCGAUAGUGAUCCAGCACCGAUUGGUAAGAAUGUGCCCGCACAAAUAGAAGAAAUGUCGCAAGCUAUGAUACGUGGUGUGAUGGACGAAAGUGGCGAACAGUUUGUAGCAUACUUCUUACCAACAGAAGAAACAUUAGAAAAACGUCGUAAUGACUUUGCAGAGGGUGCUUUAUACAAAGAUGAAGAAGUGUAUGAGUAUAAAAUUGCACGUGAAUAUAAUUGGAAUGUUAAAAGUAAGGCUUCGAAGGGUUAUGAAGAAAAUUACUUCUUUGUUAUGCGCCAAGAUGGUCUGUAUUACAAUGAAUUGGAAACCCGAGUGCGUCUUAAUAAACGUCGCAUUAAAGCCGGCCAGCAACCCAAUAAUACUAAAUUGGUUGUCCAACAUCGUCCAUUAGAUGCAAAUGAGCAUCGUGUACAGCGGUAUCGAGAAAAACAACUCGAAGCAGUUGGAGAUGAAGAUGAGGAAGAAGAAAUGGAAGUUGAUGAGGAGGAAGAUGAUGAAAAAGAGAAAGAAGAAGAAGUUCAAACUCAAACACAACAAGCUGAUGAAAGUAAUGUUGGAGAGGAUAAAACAACGGCAGCACAAGUUGUUAAAGACCGUCAGUCACGUUCACGUUCAAAAUCGCGUGUUAAAUCGAAAUCUAAGUCCAAAUCACGGUCCCGUUCGCGUUCUCGUUCAGCUUCUUCCGCUUCAGGUUCACAAGCUUCACGUGCUUCACGUUCACGUUCCAGAUCUGGCACCCGUUCAAGAUCUGCUUCACGUUCUAAAUCUAGAUCAAAAUCACGUUCUAAGUCUAGAUCACGCUCCGUUUCACAAGCAGGUUCACGCAAAUCUGCAAGUCGUUCACCAUCACGUUCCCGUUCUCGUUCGCGUACUCAUUCACGUUCACACUCACGUUCUCGUUCUCGUUCAGCAUCACGUUCUUCACGUUCAAAGAGUCGCUCUCGUUCUCGUUCUGGCUCAAGAUCAGUAAGUCGCUCGCGAUCUCGCAGCGCAUCUGGUUCACGUAGAAGUGGCUCUGGAUCACGUUCGGGCUCUGCAUCACGAUCACCAACACGAUCGCGUAGUGGUAGCCAUAGCUCUGGUAGUAAUACUGGAAGCGGUACUGAAGAGGAAUAAAACGCUGACAAAUAUUUCAAUUUACGAAAUUUAUUAAAUUUUGUGCAUCUUCAAUUUAAAAAAAAAACAAAAUAUUCAUUAA